UGAAUAAGCAAGCAACUAUUUGCCAAACAAGAAAUUUUCCGUGCAAAGAAUCAAUUUUGCGAGGAAAAUCCUUCGAUCUCGUGCAAUGUCAGGCGCAGGGCGCAACAUUUACGGUCAAAUUUGGAAAAAUUUCAUCAAUUCCUUUAAGUCAAUUGGAGCACAACACAAAGGCAACUACAAGGGACAAGACAACUUUGGGAAUAAAUAUUACGAAAUCCCUGCAGAUCCAUCGCGAGGACGACGAAAAACUGCGCGAUGGUUUGAACCGUUGGAAAAAGAUAAUUAUGGGCAAGAAAUCAGCGGCGAAUGGGAAAGUUGGCUUCGUAAUAGACGUCAAGAACCUCCAACGGAAGAAGAAGUCAUGCGAAAUUUGGCAAUUGCUCAGUUGAAGAAGAAAAAUGCGGCGAUAUUAGAAGCAAAAGCAGAUGCUGAACGAGGAUACAAAAUCGAAAAUAUCGACGAAAAGGGAAUUAGUUCCUUUCCGAAGUAUGACGAGUAUGAACAGAUGCCCGGAAAAAAGAAAGACGAGAAAUAGAUUCUUAAAACAUUUAUUAGGUUGCUUCUUCAGUUUCACUUUGUAAAUAUUUUAGCUAACAAUAAAAAAGAUUGGAUAGACAAAA